CGCCGCAGUCCACGGUCUAUUCUGCAGUGAGCAGGUACAGCCGCUCCUUCACCUGGAUGCCAAAACAACACGUCUCCCGUUACCCGAGGAUAUUUUCGGUUACGCUGGCUCUGUUUUUAUGAAAUCACAAUAAAACUGUGUCGUUCUCUUUCUCGAUAUGCACGAUGAGUAUUAGCCAGCCGGUCGAGUAGAGGGUCCCUCACAUCCCACCUGCAGUCAUGAAUGUUGGUUUUAAUAUUUGGGCUAUAACUCCAGAAGAGAGGGGGAAACAUGACAAACAGUUUGACUCUCUGGCACCCACUCUGGGUUAUUUGUCAGGAGAUCAAUCUCGAACUUUCUUCCUACAGUCUGGUCUUCCCACAGCAGUCCUAGCAGGCAUCUGGGCAUUGGCGGAUAUAGGAAAGGAUGGAAAGAUGGACAGAUUGGAAUUCUCCAUUGCAAUGAAACUAAUUAAACUGCAGCUGCAGGGUCAACCCCUCCCAUCCAGCCUGCCAAUCAUCAUGAAGCAGACGCCUACCCAUGCUAUGACACCAUCAUUACGCUUUGGUAUGGGCUCCAUGCCAAAUCUGUCUGCCAUGUCAGUGAUGCCCAUCCUAACUGCCAUCCCCACAGCCCCUGUUAUGACCCCUUUGGUUCCUGUACCCACCGUGAUGUCAGGACCAUUGCCUCAGAUGCCCAACUCUCUCAGUGUGCCAGCUUUACCUAACGGCAAUGCAACUCUCCUCACACCAACACCAGCAUUCCCAGUCUCCAGUGGAUUGAGUAAAUCUCACUCGCUCUUGGACCUUGGCUCUAGCAGUUCUAACUCUUCCUCCACCACCUCCCUUGCAAGUAAUUCCCCCAAAAUGAAUGCAUCUGAUUGGGCGGUGCCUCAGUCAUCCCGUCUGAAAUACAGACAGCAGUUCAACAGUCUAGACAAGCUGAUGAGUGGAUACCUGUCAGGUCCCCAGGUCAGAAAUGCCCUCACAGCAUCAAACCUCACACAAACACAGCUUGCCACUAUAUGGGCUCUUGCUGAUGUAGAUCGUGAUGGGCAGUUGAGAGCGGAAGAGUUUAUUCUAGCAAUGCACCUGGUUGAUAUGGCCAAGACUGGGCGGCCCUUACCUCUGACUCUACCUCCUGACCUUGUGCCACCUUCACUCAGACAAGUGAAGUCAUGUGACCUGCUGAACGGACCUGUUCCUUUGAUUAACACUGAGCUGAUUGAGCCAGAACAUCCACAGAAAAGCAAGAGUAAUGUGUCAUUUGAGGAUAAACUAAAGGAGAAUUUCCAGAGAGGAAACACAGAGCUGGAAAAACGACGUCUGGCUCUGCAGGAGGAACAAAAGAGAGAGGAGGAGAGGAGGAGAGAAGAGGAGAGACGAGAGGAGGAGAGGAGACGACAGAAGGAGCGGGAGGAAAGAGAACAAAAGGAGAGAGAAGCCCGGGAGAUGGAGCUGAGGAGACAGAGGGAGGAGGAGAGGAGGAUGGAGAGGCAGAGAGAGCUGGAGCGACAGAGAGAAGAAGAAAGACUGAAAGAAUUAGAGCGACGAGAGGCAACGGAGCGACAGAGGCGAAUGGAAUGGGAGAAGAGUAAACGAGUGGAGCUUCAGACACAGAGAGAAAAAGAGCAGAGUGACAUACAGAGACUUAAAGACAGGAAGAGGAGUCUCGAGAUGGAGCUGGAGGCGGUGGGUAACAAGCAUAAGCAGAUCUCUGAUAGGCUGCGGGACGCCAAGAGUAAGAGGCAGAUCCAGAGGACCGAGCUAGACCUGAUCAAUCAGAAGAGAGAUAGUCGUAUUAUAGAUAUCAAUUCUCUACAGUUGCAGUUUGAGGAAAUUCAGAGGCAGCUGAGUCAUCUUGGUCCUGAGAAGCAGCGACUGACAGAGAGACUUCUACAUCUUACCCAAAACAACUCAAGUCCUUUGAUAAAUGAUGUGAAACAGAGUUUGUGCGAGAAAGAUCUGAGCUGUCGGAAGCUGAAGGAGCAGCUGGAUGUUUUGGAGAGAGAGACCACUGUGAAACUCUCACAAAUGGAGCAGUACAACAGAGAAAUCAAGGAAUUGAGACAGAGGCAGAGCCAGCAGCAGGACGUCCUAGAGCAGCUCAGGAGGGUGAGAUCUGAGAAACUCAAAGAGCUACAGAGACACAGGAAAGAGGAGGAGGAGAGGAAGAGGAAGAAAGAGGAGGAGGAGAGGCAGAGGAAGAAAGAGGAGGAGGAGAGGAAGAGAAAGAAAGAGGAGGAGGAGAGGCAGAGGAAGAAAGAAGAGGAGGAGAGGCAGAUGAAGAAAGAGGAGGAGGAGAGGAAGAGGAGGAAAGAGGAGGAGGAGAGGAAGAGGAAGAAAGAGGAGGAGGCUGCAAGACAGGUGAAGCUGGAGCAGGAGGAAGCAGAGCGUCAGAGGAUGCUUGCCCAGGAGCGAGAAGCCAAACUCAGGGAAGAACAGCAGCGUCAGGCCCAAGCCCGACUUCAGGAAGCCCAGGAGCAGGCUCGAGAGAAAGAGGAGAAGAGGAGGGCGGAGGAGAGACAGAGGGAGGAGAAGGAAGGAGAAAGGAAUGAACUGGCUCUACACACUCAGCCCUCCAUGACAUACAAUAUCACAGAGAACAAAAGCUUGCAGCCAGUGGUGACUACUGAAGCUACAUGUGCUGCCCUCACCACCUACAGAGCUCUCUAUCCCUUCACCGCACGCAACUCUGACGAGCUCACACUGGAGGCAGACUGUCUGAUCGAGGUAGAUGAAUCGACAGUUAGAGAGACCGGCUGGCUGUAUGGGAGUUACUGUGGUAACAGCGGCUGGUUUCCAGAGAGUUAUGCUGAGAGAUGCAGUAAAGACACUCAGACUGAACCGACUGCAGCCGAUUCACAAUCCACGGCUCCCUCUACCAGCUACACUGGAAUUCCUCGGGUGGACAUAGAAGGACCAACACCAACACACACACCAGCGUCUUCAAACACACAGCACUCACAGGCUGUAGCUCUGUGUGAAUGGAGCGCUAUGACUGACAGUCACCUGGGCUUCUCUAAAGAUGACGUCAUCACGGUUCUGGAGAAGCAGGAGAACUGGUGCUACGGAGAGCUCAACGAGAGCCGGGGCUGGUUCCCUUGCUCAUAUGUCUCCAUGGUUAUCUCCAAUAACACACAGACUGAGCCGUUGCUUUCUACUGUGGAUGAGAUAGAAGUUUCAGAUUCUGGUCCUUUUGAGGAGUAUGUGGCUCUGUACACAUAUGAGAGUCCAGAGUCAGGUGACCUGACGUUCUGCGCGGAUGAUGUUGUCCUGGUAACAGAGAGGGAAGGAGAAUGGUGGAGAGGGUGCAUCGGUGACCAGUCUGGCCUCUUCCCUUCCAACUACGUUAAACCCAAAGAGCCUGAUACUGCCAAUCCUGGAGUUCCCGGUAAAAAGCCAGAGAUUGCUCAGGUGACUACAGCCAGUGCUGCCAAAACACCAGAACAACUGAGUCUGACACCUGGUCAGCUUAUUGUGGUGCUGCAUAAGAACUCUAACAGCUGGUGGCUGGGUGAACUACAGGCACGGGGUAAAAAGCGUAAAAAGGGCUGGUUCCACUCCUCUAAUGUCAGAUUACUGGAAGCUAACAGCGGAAAAAUAACUCCAGCAUCUCAGCCAUUGUGUCAGGUUAUUGCAAUGUAUGACUACAAAGCAGCCAAUAAGGAUGAAAUGAGCUUCCAAAAAGGUCAGCUGAUCACCGUACUCAACAAGGACAACCCUGACUGGUGGAAAGGAGAGGUCGCUGGGGUCAUAGGGCUGUUUCCAACUAAUUAUGUGAAGAUGACCACAGAAUGUGAUCCCAGCCAGCAAUGGUGUGCUGAUCUGCUCAGUUUAGACACUAUGUGCACCGAGGAGAGGAAGAGGCAAGGCUACAUCCAUGAGCUCAUUCAGACAGAAGAGUCCUAUCUGGAGGAUCUGGAACUGGCACUAGAGGUGUUCUAUAAGCCAAUGGCAGAGUCAGGGCGGCUAACGGAGGCUGAGAUGAGCAUGAUCUUUGUGAACUGGCGGGAACUGAUCAUGUGCAGCACCAAACUCCUAAAAGCUCUGCGUGUCCGUAAGAAGAUGGCUGGAGAGCGGAUGCCUGUGCAGGUGGUGGGGGAUAUUCUGUCCUCAGAGCUCUCUCACAUGCAGGCCUACAUUCGCUUCUGCAGCUGCCAGCUCAAUGCUGCGGCCCUGCUGCAGCAGAAAACAGACAAAUCACCUGACUUCAAACUCUUUCUGAAGAAAAUUGCCAGUAAUUACCGCUGUAAAGGAAUGCCACUGUCCAGCUUCCUCCUGAAACCCAUGCAGAGAAUCACACGCUACCCACUGCUGAUCAAGAACAUUCUGGAGAAUACCCCUCCAACUCACGCAGAUCACGCAAACCUGCGGGCGGCGCUGGAGCAGGCCGAGGAGUUGUGCUCACAGGUGAACGAGGGCGUGAGAGAGAAGGAGAACUCUGACCGGCUGGAGUGGAUCCAGAACCAUGUGCUGUGUGAUGGAGUCAUUGAGCACCUCGUAUUUAACUCUUUGACGAACUGCCUGGGCCCUCGAAAAUUGCUGCACAGCGGCAAACUACAUAAGACCAAGAGCAGCAAGGAGCUUUGGGCCUUCCUGUUUAACGACUUCCUGCUCCUCACCUACACCUCCAAACAGUUCUCAUCUGGGCCUGACAGACUCUUCAACCCCAACUCAAAUGCACAGUACAAGAUGUAUAAAACGCCAGUGUUUCUGAAUGAGGUCUUGGUAAAAAUGCCCUCUGACCCUUCCAGUGAUGAUCCAGUUUUUCACAUCUCACACAUUGAUCGCGUUUACACUCUUAAGGCUGACACCAUUAAUGAGAGGACUACAUGGGUACAGAAGAUCAAAGCAGCAUCUGACAACUUCAUAGAGACUGAGAAGCUGAAAAGAGAGAAAGCAUACCAAGCUCGCUCGCAGAAGAACAGUGGAAUCGGGCGACUGUUAGUAACGGUCCUGGAGGCGACAGAGUUGAAGCCCUGCAAACCAAACGGGAAGAGUAACCCAUACUGUGAGCUAACGAUGGGUGCUCAGUGCUACACGUCCCGCCAUCAGCCCGACACACUCAACCCCAAAUGGAACUUCAACUGCCACUUCUUCAUAAAAGACCUGUAUCAGGACGUCCUCUGUCUCACCAUCUUUGAGAGGGACCAGUUCUCUCCCGACGAUUUUCUAGGUCGUACUGAAGUUCCUGUAGCAACAAUAAAGAAGGAUCAAGAUGGUAAAGGUCCACUGGCACGUCGUCUGCUGCUUCAUGAAGUUCCAACUGGAGAGGUCAAAGUGCGGCUUGACCUGCAGCUUUAUGAUCAAACACCUCAACCGUGAACUCCACAUCUGUUUCAUUAGCACUACAAUAUUUAAUAGACCACUUAAUACAAGUUUAUUCAUUGGUGUUAAUUUGUAAAAGUAUAGGAGUGCCUCGGUACACUUUUGAUAUGAAAAAGGUGAACCACUUAGCAUAUGUUUAUAUGCAGUGAAAUAGAAGCUGGUAGUCUCAUUUACUCUCACAGAUGCUUGAUGUUGUAUAAUGAGAAACAUUGGGUAAUAACAUGAUGAUUUGUUUGGGACAGGAACUGGUUUUUACUUUCGAAUUUGUACAUUUUAAAAAUGUAUUAGUAAUCUGUACUGUUGCUUCCUAAGUAUAAAAAGACUCAAAUUAUGUCACUGAAAUUGCUACAGUUCAGUAAUUUGUUGAUUCCACAAAGCCAAUCAUACAUAUGCUUCCCUAACCUCUUUCCGGUUUAAUUGUUUUAUUAUUAAAUACUGAAACACAGUUUUGCUGCAACACUGUAAUAUAUUUAAUUAUAUAAAGACCAAAUUAUAUAUAAUGUUAUCUAAAAUUUUGUGACGCAACACAAAUUAUGCUUUAACUUCUCAAUUGUACAAAUUUAGGGAAGAUUUAUAAAAUCUUUAAGAAUGUAUAAUAUGGGUCUUAUGAUUUUCCUAUGAUGAUUUUAAUACUAGCAUUUGGUUUUAUGAACAGACUGGGUCUGGAUGUUGUACAUUUGAGUUGUUGAUGAUGAAUGUCGAAAGUUAUUGUGUUAUUUGUUCUUUGUUUUGUUAUUUGUUUAAUGUAUAAAACGUCUAUGGGAAUAGAUUAUUGUAUGGUUUUGGGUGUAAUUCAUUUACUGUAUAACAAAGACAAAAAAACAACAACAGAAUAUUAACAAUGCUUAUCAUAAAAUAAAUGUUUUCUAAAGUU